GCUUGGUUGCUUUUGCCUUUGCCCUCAUCGGUUACCCAAGAGCAAUGUCGGCGGCGAACAUCGUUGGAAAGUCGAAGAAGGAGCUGUACGACAUCAUGUGUGAGAUGAAGAAGCUGAUGGAACAGAACGAGGAACAAGCUAGGCAAAUUCUCAUUGAAAACCCUACCUUGGCCAGAGAUCUCUUUCAUGCACAAAUAAUGCUUGGGAUGGUGCAGCCAUCGCCAUCUCAUGUUCAUCAGUCUGCUCCAGCAGGACCGAAUGAGAAAGCAGCACCAACCAGCGAAAAGAAAGCAUGAGUGUUAGAUUGAUUUGGUGAUAUAGCAUGCAUGACUAGAUUUUGGAAUAAUUUUCAAAUAAAGU